AUGAUUACUGAUCAGCCUCACCCGAUCGAUGACUUAUUACCCGAAUGUAUUGGAGAGUUUCUAGCCACUUUGCAAGAUCAAAACUUACAUGUAAGAAGAAUUGCGCUAGAAGCAUUUAGUAGAGUUGUCCAAAAUAAGCCAUCACUAGUUAACGAUCAACUCUACAAUUAUUUAGAUAUAAUCUAUCAACAGGUUGCCUUAAAGCCAACUGUGAUAUCAGAAGUGGAACAAAUCGAUUAUUAUUUAGAAGUGAGAAAGGCAGCGUAUGAAUGA